AUGGGCCGCUGCUCCGCGCUGGCUGGCGACUCCCGCCCCGCCGCCGCCUGGCUCGGCCCGCCUCACUUCCCUGCCUCCUCGCCCGCCGCCUCAUCCGUAUCUCAGGCCGAGGGGCUGGCCCCGCGGGUAGCGCUUGGGUCCCCGCCCGCCAGCCCCUCCACGCCCCGCGCCGCGAGUGUUCGCCGUGACGCCAGCAACGCAAGCAUCGGCUCAGGGGAAGGCACCGAGGAGGAUGACGAUGGCAGCAAGAAGAACCAGAAGAAAAGGGGCAUCUUCCCUAAAGUGGCCACCAACAUCCUCCGGGCCUGGCUCUUCCAACACCUCACACAUCCGUACCCCUCGGAGGACCAGAAGAAACAGCUGGCUCAGGACACGGGCCUAACCAUCCUGCAGGUCAACAACUGGUGA